CUAGGACCUAGGAGGAGACCCUGCCAAACUGGCAGGCGUUUCUCGCUUGGCUUUCAGACAACAAAGGCAGAGAGUGCCUGGUUUUCUCUCCUUCAGCAUCUCCACCCUGCGAGCUGAAAACCGGUUCACAUCUCAAGGGGUCACCGAGCGAUGGAACUUGAUUUUGGACACUUUGACGAAAGAGACAAGGCGUCCAGAAACAUGCGAGGGUCCCGGAUGAACGGCUUGCCCAGCCCCACUCACAGCGCCCACUGUAGCUUCUACCGAACGAGGACCUUACAAGCGCUGAGCAAUGAGAAGAAAGCCAAGAAGGUGCGCUUCUAUCGCAACGGAGACCGUUACUUCAAGGGGAUUGUGUACGCCGUCUCCUCGGACCGCUUCAGGAGCUUUGACGCCUUGCUAGCUGACCUGACCCGGUCUCUGUCUGAUAACAUUAACCUGCCUCAGGGAGUUCGAUACAUUUACACCAUCGAUGGUGGCAGGAAGAUCGGGAGCAUGGAUGAGCUGGAAGAAGGUGAAAGCUACGUGUGUUCGUCGGACAACUUCUUUAAGAAAGUGGAAUAUACCAAGAAUGUCAAUCCGAACUGGUCCGUCAAUGUGAAAACCUCAGCCAAUAUGAAAGCGCCUCAGUCCCUGGCCAGCAGCAACAGCGCCCAGGCGAGGGAGAACAAAGAUUUUGUGCGUCCCAAGCUGGUGACCAUCAUCCGGAGUGGGGUGAAGCCGAGGAAGGCCGUGCGCGUGCUCUUGAACAAGAAGACCGCCCACUCCUUUGAGCAGGUUCUCACCGACAUCACGGAAGCCAUAAAGCUGGAAACGGGAAUCGUCAAGAAGCUGUACACUCUGGAUGGGAAACAGGUAGGGGCCUUUAAGGUCAUCCUCUGGACUUCUUGAUGCUUGGAUCUGUAC